CAGGCUUCCAUCUUGUUGGGUACCAGUUUAAUUUGCUAUCAGUUUACUCACUAGACAUUACAAAACUGAACGCACCAAUCCGGCAUUCAUUGAGAAAAAAAUUGCACUGACAAAACUCCCAAGGAGAUGCAAACGAAAUGUGUGUGUUUGGUGUAUCCCAACGCUGACUACUUUAGUAGUGCGUCCAGUUUUACAAUAUUGAAUUACCCCCCGCUGAGAUAUUUCUAAUUCUCUGCAGCAGCACCAAGAACUUGGCGAACGCGUAGUGAUACGACCUCUCACUCCUGUGAUUUCCUCUAUAGACCCAUCUUCCUUAAUGCCUCCUCCCCUGAACGCCGCGGAUUUCACUUUCCCGCUCGGCGACGCAUCAGCCUUUAGCCCUUGCAUUCCACGGUCACAGAACGACCCUCUUCCGCAGAUGAACUUGCCAAACUCUGCGGAACAGUACUGGAAAGAUGUGGCCGACCAAAACCAGAAAGCGCUAGGAGAUGCACUGGUGGAAAACAAUCAGCUGCACGUGAAAUUAACCCAAAAGCAGGAGGAGAUCACGUCCCUGAAGGAAAGAAACGUGCAGUUGAAGGAGCUAGCCAGCCAGGCGAAGCAGCUGGCCUGUGUGCUCGAUAAAUUGAUGAUCCAUCAGUCCAAGGAGGGGGCCGACGCUCUGCUCCCCAGGAGCUGGGCUAAGCGGAGCCUGGAGCAGCUCUCCGCGGCCAGGCAGGAGGACUGCGCAGCUGUGGAUGGGAUCCUGCGGGAACUAUCCGACACCUGUCUCGCUGCUCUGCAGACCAUUGGCGAGAGCAGAGAGGCGAAGCGCCCCAGGCUGCAGGCGGAGCCCGCAGGAGCCCGGGGCAGCAAGGCCGGCAACAUGCACGGAGAGUUCAGCGGGCUGCAGACUUGCAGCAGCCGUAGGUCGGUGGAUCUGAGUAACAGCGAGCUGGAGGAAGGAGUGUCUUUCCGGACCUCCAUCACAGAACACGGCACAAUCCGGACACUGGCGUUCCCCCAAGGAAACGCUUUCACUAUCAGGACAGCCGCCGGGGGCUACAAGUUUAGAUGGGUUCCCAGCUGAGCCAGGAAACGAUCAGCUAACUACACUGGCCAAGGUCUCCAAUGCAAACUUUGCACUGCCUGCACUUGAAAUUAGCCUUGUUCCACCUACCUAGUCCUCCAAGGUGAUUUCCAUUUAUAUGGGACAGUUGUCUGUUGCAGAGACUGGAAGCGAUUUUUUUAAAGAAAAAGUUGCAUUUACCAGAACAUAAGA